AUGUAUUUUGUUUAAAAUAUUUUUUUAAUAUUUGUCAAUACUAAUAAAAAAUACUUCUUACUUUGCAUGCAAGUUAUAAAAAACAAAAAAGUAAAGAAUAAAUCAAUAAAUAAAGAAGUGCUAUGUACUAAACUAAGUAUUUAAUUUAAACAGAUGAAAUCUAAAUAUUAAAAACUAAUCACAAUCUUUGCAUUUCGGAGAUGGAAGGAGAUCCUAAAUCUUUCAAAUUCAUUUUUUUAAAAACAAAUGAAAUUUAUAAUUUAUGUUAUAAAAUAUUCUAUUUUGUAAUAUUUAUUUUAUGCCUUCUAUUACAAAUUGAUUGUUACAAAAAUAAAUUCCCUUUAUUUUUAAUCUUAAAUUUAUAAUUGA